GCCGACCGUCGCGAGCGCAUCUUUACGCGUCGCUAAAGCUACCACAUAUAUUCGUUUUUCCUACAAGUUAAAAGCAGUUUGGGAGUCAAAGUGUUACAGUGUCAGUGAUAUAACAACGAGUGAUAAUAUCCGUAACGUGUGAAGCUUUCGAUUUGGAUACUGAUUCCAGAUCAACUGAGUUACUAUUCAAGUAAACUGAACUGUGAUGCGGUGGAGAGAGAGUAAAGUGGGCGCCGACACGAUGAAGACAAUACUUAUAUUUACGCUGAUUAUGAUAUGCUCGUGUGAUGGAGCACGUCGGACAGCGCAACGUAGACAGGACACGGAGUUAUACGCCCCCUCGCCAAGUGUAGAGAGCCUGCAAGAGCUAGCGCAGGCGAUGGGCGCCGCCGGCUUUGAGCACUACACCGAAGGCAAGGCACUGGUCAAGCGGCUCAUACCCCCUGACAACCAGCCCGAAGAUAUUGUUGAGUAUCAAGGUGUGAUCGGGAGGGCCGGUAUAGACUUCCCAGCGUUCCCCAACAUUCCCCCCACCGGGUUCAACUGUAAGAACGUGCCCACUGGAUACUACGCCGACUUGGAAACCGAUUGUCAGGUGUUCCACAUUUGCGACACGUCCCGCAAGAUCUCGUUCCUUUGUCCCAACGGCACCAUCUUCAGCCAGUCGCACCUCAUAUGUGACUGGUGGUUCAAGGUGGACUGCGCCUCCGCCCCAGCACUCUACGAAUCCAGCGCCGAGUACUAUUCCAAUGAACAGAAGAAGAGUCAGAAGAUCACGCAAAGCCUCAGCAAAAACCAGGACCUUCAGCAAAUCGGCGCUGACACCAACAUCAGGGCGGAGUCCAGGCGUACGCCAGUCAAUGUGCCCAGCACGACUGAACGACUGCUCAGGAGCAGACAGAGACAGACCGAGAUCCCUAAAGCAACCGUGAAGACCUACCAAGCCUUGUUUACUGACAACUUCAACCCCACGCAAAGAACAGCUGCCACAACUGCCUUUGAACAAAGAAGAAAGAGUUUGGUUCAACUCAUUUCCACGAACUUUGGUAACAUUCCAGCAAGAACUACACAGCCCACUUACACAGAAUCUCCGGUGUACAGAAGUAGUACUCCGGACUACAGUUUGAGAGAGAUGCAGGUUGCAGCUGAGACAGCAGCAUUCGCGAACAACAAUAACAGACAGUAUCUGCAGGACUUCCACAACAAGAACUACAGGCCGUACCCAGUAUACACGCCAAACAUUCCUACCAAACCUAAGGCAAAGAGCAAUCCCAAUUUGACAACUCUGUAUGAUUUUCGUGACAAACAAUCGGCACCGUCAACCGCAGAACCAACUACGACCAAACGGCCAACAUUAAUACCUUACACCAAAAGUUAUUCGACAAUUAUUGAAAAACAAGAACCAUACACCAGACCAGGAGUAUCUCUACUCAAAGGUUUCCUCCAAAAGGAGAAGAACAAAACUUUGUCAUUGACAACUACUACCGAGAAAGUUCAGCAAGUUACCGCUAGGAGCGACAAUCUUGAGACAGAAAAACAAGGAACUGACAACACCAAGGACAAUUUCGAAUCAGCUACCAAAAUCCCUCACACCACCAGAGCCGACGUUUACACUCAGACAGCCUCAUCUGACAGGUACGAUGUAUAUUCCACCACCAACCACGCCACUCAGACUACAACAGAACCUUCCUACCAAGAACGUCGUGAAAGACUGAUGAGGAAACUGAACCUAGACAGAUAUGCGCCUACUGCCACUGAACCCACUGUCCCUACAACUAAUACUGACAAAUAUUUCGGAGACCAGCCUAACAGGCCAGGCUUAGUCGUUCCACCAUCACUAACACCUAAAACCUUACAUAGCCUGGCGAUCUAUUACGCAACAGCUUUAGAUAACUUGUCAACUACUCCUACUCCUGAAGAAGCUGAAACUGUUACACCUGCAUUCGAUGAGUAUGAGGCUAUGGAAGAGGUCCUACCAGCUCUAUUCAGCCGUCAGACAAUUAACAAAUACAGCAACCUCUUUGGUCACCAAAUGACUAAUGCUGAACUAUUGGAAGAAAUAAGAGAAGAUCCUAAUGGAACCUACAACGAAUUAGUAGAAGACCUGUCUGUUCAACAAAGUCAAAAUCCAAUCGCUACUUCUCCACAAAUCAGGGAAUUGGCUCAAGUCUUCACACACGCGUUAUCUGCCUAUCUACAAGACCCAGUUCAGUUUAGAAAGGUUCUGUCGGAUAUAAGACCAACGCAUCCUUCGUUCGGCGACUUGUUGACGACGACUGAAGAAUAUAUCAACACUGAACCAACGACAACAGUAAACGAGGAAGACGAUGAGAUACUAGGUUUCUCAGAUGAUCAUAAAGCUGUACCGCCUGUAUCAAACUUGCGAGAACCGAAAGCUUUAGGCAUCCCUACGAUAUACCCGGUGACCGAAGAAACAACCACUACUCCUAGACCUGCCACUGAGUACACAACACCAUCGUACAGUUCGUAUAGUUCUCUAUCUACUGUCAGAAACCCAUUCAGGUGCUGCGGAAGGAUAUCAGCAUCAUACACAUCGCCAUCAACUCCUGCUGCCACAACGCCAUCAUACACAAACACCGUGGCCGUGACCGUCAAUACUCUGAGCAGUCACGACAAUGAACCCUCAUCUACAACUGAAGCUGAUUACUCAGUUCACAAAUAUGGAGGGUUCCAGAACAAUGCUUUAACUCUUAAUGAUUCUCCAUACGGAACAAAUGCAGUUUCAACAGAAGGAAAACCAUUGAGCGAGUAUGUUGAAGCUACCAACUUACCUACAGCUUGGGGCAUAGACCCGUCAGCAUCCACGACUAAUGAUUUUGAAAGUAAGAAGAUUAAAACCACAACAGAACUUCCCCCUACUACAUCUGUGUACUUUACGGAGACAGAAAGCGUAGAAUUGGAGAACGAAGAGGAAUUACAAAGAGCUCACAGUCAAUCGUUCGCUGCACCACAGGGCAACAGCAUCCGUCAUGGCAAACAGAUAAACUUUGAUGCUGAACCAAUCAAAAAACCUGCUGAGGAUCUUGAAGCUCCUACGAUUCCCGAUGAUGACCUCACGACUGUGCAAACGACGACACAGCCUACGACAACUGUUAGAGUAACAGAAAUCGAAUCCCUUACUACUACACCGACUGCCUCCGAAGUCGUGUUCACUUCUCCUGACAGCGACAAGUCAACAAACCAACAAAGUUGGUCCAGCACAGCAUACGGUAAUUGGCAAAGUACUGUGAUAGACCCGAUCACACUUAACGAUGGAUUGAGCGCCACAGCGCUAGACCAGAACCAAGGACUGUCAGAGAACACAUACAUACCAAACACAGCAACUACUCCCACUGAGUAUAUCGCUACAGAACAGACAGCCGCUCCGACAGUCAGUUUCGAAGUAUCCACUCAUGAAACUAAAGAAUUUGAAAGACAAGGAAGGUUACUAAGAGAUUCGUCUACAGAACCAGCACAAGAUCUAACUACAAUAACCGACACAGUGGUAGAAAAAGCCAAAGAAAUUAUGAACGCGACUACUGCUGAGAAACUUAUGAAUGUUAUGAAGAAAACGAAAUCGAAGACAGUGAAGAGAUUGAUAUUGCUUUUGAUACAGACAUGUGAUGAUGACCAUAACACUACUGCUGAAGCAUCUAAGAAGGCAUUGCUCGAAGCUUUAAUGGCUGUUUCUCAAAAGGAUAUGGAAGACAUUGCAAAGGAAGAAGAAACGACUGAAGUACCAACCACAGAGGCUAACGUACUCAGAAGAGUAGAUAGAGUUGAAAAGACCAGAGGAGAUAGAAGAGGGAAAAGCCUUAACUUUGACCCGAGUGCAGUAAAUUCUCUAUCAAACGUAGCACAGACUAGUACAACCACAGAGACUGCAAAAACGACAGAAGACUUGGAGACUGCGGCUACUACGUUCAGUCCACUGAGAACUAACACUGCUAGUCGGAGAGGUAUUAAGAAGUUCCACGUGAGGACCACGCCGGUGGAACCUAGAACCACAGCUACAGCACCGUUUGUAGAUAGUCCUAUAGCUGAAGCCAGGGUAUCAGGUCCCAGUGACACGAAGGCCACGUCGGACACAAGAGCCUUAGAACUAUUAAGGUCUCUAUACUCUAUCGCGGCGCGGUGGGGUUGAGAAUAUUCUAGAAACGUAAGGUCUUUGUUUUUAUAUUUAGGGUUGAGUCCUGUGCGACAUUUUUUAUUUUGUAAAUUCGAUGUUUUUUAAGAUGGGAGUUCCGAUUUGUAACUUCUCUUGGGAGUGACCUCUAUAUAAAUUAAAAAGAAAAUAGAAAUCUACUGUGAAAAUGGUUUACAAAUUAGAAUGUUUUGUUAGGUUAGUGUGAUAUACGAAAUCCGAAUUGUUUAAAAGACUCUUUAUAAAAUCCAAGAAUAAGUUACAAUCAGAACAUCAGUGUAAAGUAAUUCCAAACCCUAAAUAUAAACGUGUAAAUGUGAUUAUGUAGAUAGAAUUUAUUCGUUAUCAACCUAAAUUCAAUAUCAUCAGGCAUUUUCAGCUACUAAUCUGAAAAUCGUGAUGUUUUAAAUAAGCUGUUCAUAGAGCUUUAUGCACGAGAUAUAUUGACUUAAAAUACAAUCUUUAUUUUAAAUUUAUUUAAUAACAAAAAUCAUAAUCUUGAGCUAGAACUGUUUAUUGAAAAUAGUAUGUCCACAUAAUUAAAAUGGCAACCACUAAUAAAACAAAACACUACUAAUAAUUUGUUUGCAUGUUGUGAUCUCCUAUAAUUGGAGAAGCACAAGAUAUCUGUUCUUUGCAUUAACACUAUGUAUGUUACGUGUAUUCUCUGUUGGAGAUCCUUUUUAAAUAAAUAAAACCAUAAUUUAAAUGGCUACUAACACUCAUCAUUGUUAAAUUAACGAAAAAUGAUUACGAAAAAACGAUCUCUUAGGUACAAUUUUAAGUCAAUUGACAAGAGAAAUACAUAUUUACAAUUUCAAAACAUAUCCUGAUGAUUGUAUAAUACUCAAUUGAUCAAACUAUACACAAGUCGUGCAUAUAACUCUAGACAGUUUUAACCUUCGACCCUAGUAACUUAUUACGUUUUGUUAUAGAAGAAAUUCGACUACAUAGACUUACGCAUAGUAUUGUAAUUUAUAAGCAAUCUUAUUGUUUAAUUUUCCUAUUUUUAGGAAGCAUACUAGGCUUAGUAUACUGAGUUACCUACAAAUCUACGUUUAUGUUAAUUAUUAUUAUUAUACAUUUCGUUAAAGCCACAUUCUGUAAUAUACUCGUAAGUGGACUAUCUUUAGUUGUAUUAUAUGUUAGAUAUGU